AUGAGGAACAAAAUAACAUUUUUAAUUUUACUUUGUUUUUCAUGGUUAAUAUGCGGUUCAACACACGAAAGAGUAAGUUAACGUAGCUUUUUUUUAUUUUAUUUUUAGACAAUACAGGAUGAAUCUCUCACGAUGCUUGUGUCUACGUUAGAUGGCUACUUGACAGCUGUGGAUGCAAAUACGGGUGUGGAAAAAUGGAGGUAUAAAGAAGGUAUGUUUUGAUUAAAAAUCAUUUUAUAAAGAAUCUUUUACAAUGUUAUAAAUGUUUGAGUAACAAGUUGUUUAAGGUCCGAUAGUUGAUAGUCCUCAAAGUGUACGACAUGACUUUUCUUUCUUACCAAAUCCACGAAAUGGAGAGCUUUAUCUUGUGGUCGAUCAUAAUCUACGAAUAUUACCGUUUACUAUACCUCAACUUGUCAAAACUUCGCCGUGUAAAAGUUCUGACGGGAUUCUCUAUGCAGGUUUGUUUUUUUUUAAAUUUCACUUUUGAGGUAUUGAAGGAACGUCUAUUAAGAAGCGAAAAACUAUAUAAACUAUGAUUUAGGUAGCAAAAAAGACGUUUGGAUAGCAAUGGAUCCAGACAGUGGUGUUCAUCAGGAGACAGUUCCACCUCAAAAUGCGAAUAGUUGUCCUGUAGGUAAUCCAGAGACAAUCUUUAUAGGAAGAACUGAGUAUAAGGUCACGAUGAUGGACACGAAAAAGAAGGAGAAACAGUGGAACGCUACUUUUAUCGACUAUUCAUCGCAUUUAUUACCAGGUCGGUAAAAUAUGAAGUAGUCGAUACCUUUUUCGAAUUCAAACGUUAGUACAUCAAAAAGCUAAGCCAUAUAUUUUUAGUUGACAAAAAGUAUCCAUAUCAGCACUUUCAUUCUGUUGUCGAUGGAAACCUCGUUACCAUUGAUGCAAACAGUAGAAGAACGAAAUGGACCAAAAACUUUAAAAGUGUUGUUGUUAACUUAUACCUACUUAAAGCAGAUGGCAUGCACAGAAUCCCUAGCACUUCUGUUGGGCAUGCUACGUUCAACAAGGAGUUCAUGCACAAGGUAAGUUAA